AUGUCUCUCAUCUCAUGGUUUCGGUGGAACGAGGCCCCAUCCCGACUGUCCUCCAGGAGCCCUGCUGAGAUGGUGCUGGAGACACUUAUGAUGGAGCUGACAGGGCAGAUGCGAGAGGCUGAGAAGCAGCAGCGGGAGCGCAGCACUGCAGUCAGGAAGGUCUGCACCGGUGUGGACUACAGCUGGUUGGCCAGCACACCCCGGCCCACCUAUGACCUCAGCCCCAGUGAGCGGCUGCAGCUGGAGGAUGUCUGCGUUAAGAUCCACCCAUCCUAUUGUGGGCCUGCCAUCCUCAGGUUCCGGCAGCUGCUGGCGGAGCAGGAGCCCGAGGUGCAGGAGGUGUCCCAGAUUUUCCGCUCGGUGCUGCAGGAGGUCCUGGAGAGGAUGAAGCAGGAAGAGGAGGCCCACAAGCUGACGCGCCAGUGGAGCCUGCGGCCCCGCGGCAGCCUGGCCACCUUCAAGACCCGCGCGCGCAUCUCCCCCUUCGCCAGCGACAUCAGGACCAUCUCCGAGGACGUGGAGCGGGACGUGCCGCCGCCACUGCGGUCCUGGAGCAUGCCCGAAUUCCGGGCGCCCAAAGCCAACUGA